CAGCCAUGAAAAGGAAAAGAUGAGAGCUAGUGUGCUUCCACGCACAUCAUCUUCUCAUUCUCGUCUCUCUCGCACCCCGUUUUGUUCCACUCUCUCUUUCUCUCUCCCCUCUCUCUUCGAGGGUUCUUCUCUUUUCUUUUCUUUUCCUUUCUUUUCUUUUUGUUUUUUUCCCACUUUCAUUUUUAUUAAUUAAUUAAUUAUUCUUUUUCAAUUUCCCUCUCCUGUUUCUGGGACUCGAUUAUUAUUAUUAUUAUUAUUAUUUGAGUUCAUAUUUUUGUUUUAUAUUUGAAAAAAAAGAAGAUGCAGCAGCAGAGGUUGAAGCAGCAGCAGCAAGCACUGAUGCAGCAAUCCCUUUACCACCCGGGUCUCCUCGCUCCUCCUCAGAUAGAGCCUAUCUUGAGCGGAAAUUUGCCACCUGGUUUUGAUUCAAGUACAUGCCGCAGUGUGUAUGUUGGAAAUAUCCACCCACAAGUUACUGAACCUCUUCUUCAAGAGGUUUUCUCGAGUACAGGUCCUCUUGAAGGUUGCAAGCUCAUUCGGAAAGAGAAGUCAUCCUAUGGUUUUGUGGAUUACUUUGAUCGUCGAUCAGCAGCCCUCGCCAUUGUGACUCUGAAUGGCAGGCAUUUGUUUGGACAGCCUAUAAAGGUCAAUUGGGCAUAUGCUAGUGCUCAGAGAGAGGAUACAUCAAAUCAUUUCAACAUUUUCGUCGGUGAUCUUAGUCCUGAGGUUACUGAUGCCACCUUAUUUGCAUGCUUUUCUGUCUAUCCUACUUGCUCAGAUGCAAGGGUCAUGUGGGAUCAGAAGACUGGCCGUUCAAGGGGUUUUGGGUUUGUUUCUUUUCGCAGUCAGCAGGAUGCUCAAAGUGCGAUAAAUGACCUAACUGGAAAGUGGCUUGGAAGUAGACAAAUUCGUUGCAACUGGGCCACAAAAGGUGCUGGAAAUGAUGACCAGCAGAGUUCUGAUUCAAAGAAUAUCGUGGAACUAACAAAUGGAACAUUAGAAGGUCAAGAAAAGAGGAAUGAAGAUGCUCCAGAAAAUAAUCCUCAGUAUACCACUGUCUAUGUCGGCAAUCUUGCUCCUGAAGUAACAUCAGUUGAUCUCCACCGCCAUUUUCAUGCACUUGGGGUUGGAGUAAUUGAAGACGUCCGCAUUCAAAGAGACAAAGGUUUUGGGUUUGUAAGGUACAGUACACAUGCUGAAGCUGCCCGUGCAAUCCAGAUGGGAAAUGCCCGAAUUCUUUUUGGCAAACCGGUUAAGUGCUCAUGGGGUAACAAGCCUACCCCUCUAGGAACCAGUUCUGCCCCUCUACCUCCACCAGCUGCUGCACAUAUGCCUGGGUUUACGGCUGCUGAUCUUGCUGCCUAUGAACGGCAACUUGCUUUGAGUAAAAUGAGUGCUGCACAAGCUCUGAUGAAUCCACAGGCUCAGCGUCUUGGCGCUGCUACUCAAGCAAUAUAUGAUAGCGGAUAUCAAGGCAUCAAUACAACCCAGCCGCCCUUGUAUUACCAGUAAGGUAGGAGCUCUUGCCGCUUUGCAAGAACGAGUUUAAGUUUUUAAAGUUAUGAUAGCUUUUGCCUCUACCACUUACUGCAUUUGUUUCCUCUUCAUUCCAAAGGGGGCCCCAUAUAGUUGCAGCUUGUAUGGUAAUUUAGCUUGUAUCCUAGUUUUUCUAUUAGGGACUCUUGCCUGGGAUGGGUGAGCAAAACUCUGUUUCUAAGGGGUUCCUUAUAGUUUUCCUCGCAAGCAGAGUUUGUCGGAAUAAUUGUCGGUCCUUGUGGCAUGCUAAUACUUUGUGAUGUUUAUCGAUUAAUAUUUAUCAUUUCCAGAACGACGGAUUU